AAUUACUGUUAUAUCUUAUUUCGUGUAAUAAACUCGGCAGUGGGGUUUACUGUUGAAUAUCUUUAUGUCAACAUUAAGGUUGUGCUCGUCGCAGCACAGACACGUCCACAGAACGGUCCAAUCGUAAAAAUAUACGUCAUAAAAUAAUGAUUUACAGUUUAAGACAAUGACCUUUGUAGUAAACAAAACCAUGUGAAAGUGAUUCAUAAACAGUGAAAGGUGUGUGCUUUUAAUUUAAAUAAAAUUGUGUAAAAUUAUCAGCCAGGAUGACAGUGUCACCUACUCGAUCCAUCGCUGUGCACGUAGCUGAAAAUAUACCUUCCAAAUCUCCAUCUUUAUUGAAAACAAUAGCUACUUGGUGCAGUUUACAAUGGCGAGCUAUAAUAGCGGAGUUUGUAGCCAUGAUAUUUUUGAUUAUAUUUGGAUGUAUGUCCUGCAUACCCCUAGAUGGAUUUGAAGUACAGCCUCCGAUGUAUGCGCCUUUUGGAUUUGGUCUGACAGUCAUGGCUAACGUCCAGAUUUUCGGACACUUGUCAGGCGCGUACAUGAACCCGUUCGUUGCAAUAAUUGCUUGGAUUUUCGGGAAAAUUUCGUUUUCAGUGACAAUUGCUUACAUAAUAGUCGAGUGUCUCGGAUCUAUAGUUGGAUAUGGCAUUCUGAUCACAAUAUCUUCUUAUGACAUGGUUGAAAAUGAAAUUUGCUUAACGCUGCCGCAUCCAAAUCUCAACCAGUAUCAGACUUUGGGGGUUGAAGUAAUAUUAUCUGCUGCACUUUCAUUAAUUAACUGUGCAUUGUGGGAUCCUCAUUUUUCUAAGAACCAGGACUCUGCAGCUAUCAAAUUUGGUCUUACAGUAGUAGUACUAUCUCUUGCCGGAGGGCCUUUAACUGGAGCAAGUAUGAAUCCAGCAAGGACUUUGGGCCCAGCAUUGUGGACUGGAAGGUGGGACGCCCAUUGGGCUUAUUGGGUAGGACCCAUGGUCGGCGGUAUAUUGCCAGCAGUAUUCUACAAAUAUGUGUGGUUGAAAAAAAAAGAACAUCGAAGUGGUCCUGAACUAGUAGGUGAAGUCAAAGAGUGAUAAACUAAUUUUUAUUUAUUAGAUUUUUCCCACCAAUUCCGUGAAUACAAUUCACAGUUUUAUAUUGAUUUAUAUUGUCUACUGCGGGACUUUUAUUAUUCGAUAUUUCGGCACUCUACUUAAUGAGUACUGUUGCUAAAUGUGUAAAUACGCGGUAACGUAAAUGAAGUGACAAUUGGCUAGUCAACCCAUCAAUAUAAAGUUCGUGUAUAUGAUGUGAUCAUUCCCAAUUUAUGUAAUUCGAACAAUUGAAAUCUUAACAUUACGUAUAUAAACCUAUAUUAGGUUCGUUGUAAUGAAUACUAAUUAGAUAUUGACAGCAAAUGUCGCGCAUAUUAAUGGCAAGAUGACAUUUUGCGAUGACGUUACUACCUUCGACUUUAUCAGAGACAUGAAAGUCAUUACAUAAUUUUUCUAUCUUUUGAAAGGUUCUGCCAAUCAGUUCUAUUUGAUGAACUGGUUAUUCAAUUAAUACCUGUCUACAAAUUAACUUACUCCUUGAAGAAAAUUGUUAGAUAUAAGUACCUAGUCACUAGGACGCUUCUACUAUUAUAAUUUUUAAAAAUUUUAUGUAGAGAACAAAAAGAUUAUGAUUUUUUUUACCAAAACGAAAAUUUCAUUUAUGUCAAAUAAAAUUUAAAAUUUUCAUACUUCUCAAUACAUAUUAGGUCCAUGUCUCAAUAUAUUAAAAUAUCUACAUUUCCUGUUUGAUGACACAAUGACAGUGAGUGACAUAAAUGAUGUGACCAUGGAAAUGGAUGUAACGUAUUUACGAAAUGGUUUUCUAAUUAAUAAGUGGUUAGGUACUUCUUACUCGUAUACUAAAGUAAUUCAAAAUUAAGUUAUUAAAUGUAAAUAUGAUCAUUGAUUUGCUAAGUAGGUUUUAGUGUUAAAUGUAGCUAUGCUUUUGAAUAUUAAGUACCUAUCUUCUUUACGAAUAUAAUGUAAUUUCCUUUAAAUACAUAUCAAUUCAUUUCCUUGUAAUUGUGAUCUGCAAGAUUUGAUGAUAGGUUGCCGUAACAAAAUUAAAAGUUUGUGGAGAUAC